UUUGCGGAAAAAGAGGGAUUUUAAUUUGUUUGUGGUUGUGCACCAUCUUACAAAUACACACAUUCAUUCAGAUUUGGCUCCUAGUGACAAACUAUGACGUGUAUGUUAGUUAAAGAGAUAUAUAAGCUCUUUAGUUUCAGACUUCAUCGCCCUCUUUCUUCCUCUUUUUGUUGUAACUCAAGGGUUGCUGUUUUUUUCCUCGUGACAUGAUUUGAUUUCCACCUUCACUCAAGUUUCAAUUGGGAAUCUGAUGUAGGCUUUGGAGGUUCUUCUACUUCCCAGGAUGCUUUCAAUUUAUCAAUUAUACCACACCAGAGGAUUCCAGUGAUUGAGUGAGUGGAUAUGAAUAUGGAAGGACCUUAUGAUUUAUCAUGCAAUGGAGAAGCUGGUAACAAAAGCCUUCAGAUCAUUAAAUACUCUCCUUAUAAACCCUGCACCAUGAUAUCAUCAUCACCUUGGUUUGAUCUAAGAGUGUUUUAUGUGAGAGUGUGUGGCAUUCAGGUUGAUGAAUCCACCCCAGAGUUUCUCUCUCUCAAUCAUAUUCCUCUUAGUCCUGAUACCCUUUUAGAGGUGAACGGUGUUAGGAGAAGCAUUUACUCUGAUGGAGAAGAGUCUUCAGUUCUGAGAAGGGAUAGAGUGGAUAAGAAAUCCGAGGAAGCUACCUUUGUGAACACUGAUAGUAUACGUUUUACCGGGAGCAUGAAAUUUGAGGUUUAUGAUAAAGAGCAUUGCAUUCUCUCUGGGGUUCUGGAGAUGUCUAAUAGCAAUGGUUUUGUUGGUGGAUCAAGAAGUUGUGUGAAGAGAUGGAGUAUGAUUUGUCAAACAGAAAUGUCACCUGGUUGUGGCUUUUUCAAGAGGAAACAUGUUGCUGUGCCCGAAUUACCUUGUCCUGAAAUUGAGGUUUAUGUUGCUGGUUGCUUCUCAGGAACACCUAUUAUCUUAACUAAGACACUGCAACUCAAUUGCCGGAAGAAGCAUAACAGGAAAUGCGCCUUGGAUUCCAUUCCAGAAUAUGAAACAACUGAGUGCCAGAAAGAUGUUUCUGAUCAUGGACUUGAUUUGCAGUGGGGAGGAUUGCUAAGCUUUCUCCGGAUGAGUUGGCAAAAAAAAAGAGGCAAAAAUACCAUUUUCAUCUCGUCUUCUUUUUUUUUUUUUCAAUUUGGUCUCUAAGUUUUAAAGAUUCACUUUGAUACUUUAAAGUGUUUGCUAGACUAAAUUGAUCUUUCUAUCAGUUUACCACACUAAUUUGAUCAAUGUAGUGACACAUGGCAAACUAUAAGAGAUGCCACAUCAUAAGGGCAUUUCCCUCAUCAACAAAAAUUAACAUCACUGAUACAUAAAAUUGACAAAAGGACUUAAGUUCAACUGGGACAUUUGAGGGACCAAAAUAAAACUUUUUCAACUUAUGAGAUCCUACUAAAACCAAAAAUAAGAUGAGAGACUAAGAUUAAUUUAGCAAAAAACAUGAUGUCUUUUUUUAUAAUGACUCAUUUUGAACUAAUAUUCCAUCUUCUUUUCCAACCUCAUUUUUAUACAUCUACAUGGUUGGAGUUUCUAAAUUGGAUUGAAAAAAAAGAUUGUCAAAUUACACUGAAACAUUUGGUCUUCCCUUUCUUUUAUGACACAAACAUAUUAAUUCUGAGUAUCGGCAUUCAGAGCUAGAUUUUUCAUUAACGGUUUCAUCUUCUUUGCAACAUUUACUUGGGGAAGUAUACAUGCAUUGCUCUAUGCCUUGAUUUUCUUUGGAUGUAGUAAUAAUUUCAUUUGAACAGAUCUUUUGAUAUAUGUUUGCUAAUUUGAUUGUGCCAUGAGAAUUAUUUUCCCCCUAAUUUGCCCUGGUAUUGCAUCUCAAUUUCAUAGCUAGUGAUAAUAAAUUAUGGCAGUGAAAUUUCGAUGUAUUUAAGAUUAUUAGUAUGUGUUUUUGUCUA